AUGACAGCAGAUUGGCAGCCUGACGAUGACAGCGACAACAAAAGCGACGAUGACAAGACCCAGGAAAAUGAGCCAGCUGAGGCUACUACAGGUGGGCGCGAUAGGGGGGGAAGGAUUCUCAAUUGGUUACUGGACCACUAUGCAGACCGUCUCCGCUUUGACAAACGUGAUCCUACUCAGGAUAGGCGCCCAUAUCUAGACAACCUCAUCGCAACUGCGAGGGCCGACCCAUUAACAGUACUGGCUGCAGCUGAUGGCUCUGUCCCUCAGUCUAACCAGUAUCAGGCGACUUCGGCCGCUAUCAUCUACAAGGGACAUCGCGAGCUCGAAAGGACUUGCUAUGUAUCUGGCAGAGUUACUGCCCCAGAUGCGGAACUCAAUGCCAUUGCGUGUGCAGUGCACCUGGCUGUCAAGCAAGCAAACUGUCAACAUAUCAUGGUCUUUACUGACUCCAUGGGCUCAGCCCAUAGAGCGGUGGACCCAUCUGUGCACUCCAGUCAGGCUUUCAGUCUGUCAGUUUGUCGUGUUCUCCAAGAGUGGUUCAAGGCAGAUGAUCUCCGCCACAUGACCUUCAUCUAUGUUCCUUCUGCUCUGCGGUGGGACAUCCAUGGUGAAGCACACAAGUAUGUCACCAAACUCAAAGUCAGGGUUGGACGUCGCAAGACGGACAAUUCAAUAGACAUGCUUUGCUCUCGAGCUGUGCACUCAAGUCUGGACGCAUGGGGCUCCAUGUUCCAGGAUUGUACCUACCAAGGCUCUGAAUUCUUGGAGCUUCAACGGCCUGACAGGCGGCUGAUCCAACCAUACCUCAAUGGGGGACCUUGGCUUUCAUAUUUCGGACACAGUAUUACUGAAUUCACUUGUGUCUGCUGGUGUAUAACUGGCCACGUGCCCAUUGGAGCGUACUACCGUCGCUUCAAGAUCAAUGAGCCUCAUGGCUGCACUUGCAGGGCUGCUUUGCAGUCCCGCCAGCACGUCCUCUUUCGCUGCUGCAAUCAAUAUUCUGUACACCAUCCCCACUUUCUUGGGGAUAUUGCAUUGUUUAUGAAGUACAACCCUACAGCAUUUGGCUUCAACCGGGACCCUUCAGGGGUUGGAUGA